GCCGCGCGCCCGCGCUAUGCGCGCAACUCGGGUGGUCACGAUGGAGCAUGGGGAGGAAGGAAAAACUGUUAUGCAGUGAAUGUUUUGGUAGCGCAUCGGAUGUAUAUAAUCGCUGAAACGGCGCCCAGGCGCUGCUAUUCGCUGGUGCCAACGGCUGUAGCCCUUUGACAGCCCGAAAUGUCGUCUUCUAUUUGCGAGAAACCAAGGGUUUCCAUGCUCCCGGCAUCUCCUCAGGCAGCUUACAAUGCAAGUAAGACCAGCUCCGAGUCACCCAAGCCUAGUGACAAGCCCAGCGAGGAGGGCGCGCCUGGUGAUGCGGGAAGUGACGAGGUGACUUCACCAAGGACACUGAGGCUAACCAACAAGACACGCACGUGGUCUGCUGCCGAACUUCUCAGCAGCGAUUCAGAGUCAUCAGACACUGGCAACAACCGUCCUCGUGGCAAGAAGAAGAAGCCACGACCAAAGGGCACAGCGAAAAAGUCGCUGCACCGAUCCGCCAGUGAACCAAGUUCUCAAGCCGGCAGCAGCAAGAAGGGGCUAGCGCAGCCUUCAAAAAAAAAUGUCUGCAAGUCUGGCGGCGGCGAACCAGUUGGACAACCUAAGACAAGGAAGAGUCCUCAGAAAGGUCCGGUGCAUUGUAAGGCCAGCUCUGAGAAAACUUCACUAAACAGUGCCAAUACGACGGAUGCCGCAGUCAGCUUGAACAGUGCUUUGCCGGUGAAGGAGGCAAGUAUGGAUAGCGGGCGUACGAAUGCAAAUGCAAAAGCUCCGCCAGCCUUGCAACGAGACAAAGCUGUGAGGCAGCCCACGUAA